AUGGCCGCCUCGGGUGGCGGUGGCGUGGCCGCCGGUGCCGCUGGAGCAGCGGGAGCCAAGUUUGCGAAGGGAGGCGCGGCUGGUGCCGCCGCCAAGGGAGGCGCCUUCGGUGCCGCUGGUGCUAAGGCUGGAGGCAAGAAGGGAUUUGCCGCCGGAGCUGCCGCUGGUGCUGCUGGAUUCAAGAAGGGAGGUAAGGCUGCCGGUGGUGCUGCCGCUGCGGCUGGCUUCAAGAAGGGCUUCAAGGCUGGCAAGUUCGGAAAGAUGGGCGCUGCUGGAUUCAACAAGAAGUUCGGCGCAGUGAAGACCUUCGGCAUGGCCCAGGGCUUCAAGUUCGGCAAGGCUGGUGGUGCUUUCGCUGCUGGUGGUGCUGCUGGUGCCGCUGGAAAGAAGGCUGCUUUCGGCAAGGCCGGUGGUGCUGCUGGAUUCAAGAAGGCCGCCGCUGGCAAGAAGGCCGGUUUCGCCGCUGCUGCUGGCGCCAAGGGAGGCAAAUUCGGCAAAGCCGCUGCCGCCGGAGGUUUCAAGAAGUUCGGCGCUGCUGGGGCAGCUGCCAAGGCCGCCAAGGGCGCCAAGGGUGGAGCUGGUCUCAUUGGCAAAGCCGCCGCCGCCGGAGGUUUCAAGAAGUUCGGCGCUGCUGGGGCAGCUGCCAAGGCCGCCAAGGGCGCCAAGGGUGGAGCUGGUCUCAUUGGUUAG